ACAUAACUUUGAGAUAUGGCGAAGGAAAAUGAACGAUCGCAAAUAUUGGUUGAAAAUGAAAUAAGAAAUAAUAAAAAAAUGAGUAUAGCGAUAAUGUUGAAGAAAAAUAUUAUAUUAAUUAUAACUUUAAUUGGAGUAUCAGCUGGAAUUAUCAUAGGUUAUUCUCUUCGUCCUUUGAAAUUAUCAGAAACUACAGUAUUGUUAAUUUCGUAUCCUGGUGAAUUAUACAUGCGAUUGUUGAAAUUAUUGAUUUUGCCAUUAAUAAUUUCGAGUUUAAUCACGGGCACGUCUAGUGUUAAUGCUAGACUUAACGGAAAAAUCGCCAUGAGAACUUUCAUAUAUUUUUUUCUCACAUCGGCAUUCAACGCUUCGUUAGGUGUGAUACUGGCUAUUCUAAUACACCCUGGAAAUCCUGGAUUGAAAAAUACGUUAAAUAAAGUUGUUGAUAACAAAAAUGGUAAUUCAGUACUUGAUAGUUUGUUGGAUUUAGGCAGGAAUCUCAUAGCAGAAAAUAUUUUUCAAGCCACGUUCCAACAGGCUCAUACCGAUUACGUGAAUUCUACAACUGUAAUUUCAGUAUCUAAUAAAACUAUAUUAACUAAAAAUAAAAUGGAAAAAAUUCUUAAUUACAGACUAGGAACCAAUAACAUCGGCCUUGUUUUUUUUUGUAUCAUUUUCGGUUCGAUUCUCGGCGCAAUCGGUCCGAAAGGAAAAGUAGUCAAAGAUUUAUUUUUAGCGGUAUUCGAAAUUACCAUGAGAAUGGUAAAAUCGGUUAUAUGGUUAACACCAAUCGGAGUAUGCAGUAUCAUAACCGCCAAAAUAAUAUUAGUUGAUGAUAUAUAUUUAGUUAUAUCACAAUUGGGAUGGUUCAUACUAACAAUUCUGAUCGGGAUUUUGCUUUAUCAACUCGUAAUUAUGCAGUUAAUAUACUUUUUAAUCGUUAGAAAGAAUCCCUUUAAAUAUUAUUGCGCUCUCGUACAAGGUACUUUAACUGCAUUCGCCACAGCUUCUGCGGCGGCUGCUUUACCUAUAAAUUUCGAGGUUAUGGAUAAUGUGCUGAAAAUUCAUUCAUCUAUUACUAGAUUCGUGAUGCCGAUAGGGACUAAUAUUAAUAUGAAUGGUACUGCGUUAUUUUUAGCUGUUGCCACGAUAUUCAUGGCUCAAAUGAACAGUUUUUAUUUGGGAGCUGGUACAUUGGUCACAAUAUGGGUCACCUCAACAAUUUUGUCUUUCUCAUCAGCCAGUGUCCCAAGUGCGGCUAUAGUGCUGCUGUUGAUGAUUAUUUCUUCGAUUGGUAUACCAGUUGAUGAUCUGCCUCUAUUAUUUGCUAUUGACUGGCUCGUAGAUAGGAUUCGAACGACAAAUAAUAUGUUGGGAGAUUGUUAUACAGCCGCCAUUGUCGAAAAAUUAUCAAAAAAAGAACUUUUAGAUAUCACUAACAAUCAAACUCCAGAAGAAGUACUAACUCUAUUGUGAGAAAAAAUUAUAAAAGAAGACUUUAGUAUAAAUAUUUUUAGUGGAAAUAAAUGUUUAAAAAU